GACCAAGACGGCGACUCGACCAUGCACUCCUCGCCCGGCAGCUCCGGCGCCAACGACGCCGCGUCGGACGACCUCUUCCCGGGCGCCGACGACGUCCUGCCUCCCACCAGCGGCAACAUUGCCAACACGGGCGCCAGCAUCCUCAGCCCGCCCGACUCGCAGGGCGCAGCAGCACGCGCAGCCACGGCCGCCGCAACGGCCGCAGCGACCGGCUCGCCGCGUGGUGCCGCAACAGCAGACGCGGACGCGACCAUCAACGCGAACGGCAAGCGCGUGCAUGCCCCGUCCGGGUACGCAUGGAGCCGGGAGGCGGACGCGCCGGGCUGGGCGUGGCUGAACAAGAAGGCGCAGGACGAGUGGGCCAAGGCGGAGGAGGGGCUCGUUGAGAAGGACCGCGCUGUCCGGGGCCGGUAUGGGGAUCCUUUUGAU